ACAAACUCCUGGUUGCAAGAUGGCGGCGGCGGCGGCAGCGUCGGUGGCCGCUCCUGGCGCUGGUACAGCUGCUGCACCGAGUGGGGUGAGCUCGGGGGGCCCAACCCUCACCGGGACCCUUAACAAGAAAAAGAAGCCGUUCCUGGGCAUGCCUGCGCCUCUCGGUUAUGUGCCGGGUUUGGGCAGAGGUGCUACUGGUUUCACAACACGUUCUGAUAUUGGUCCUGCUCGAGAUGCCAAUGACCCAGUUGAUGACCGCCAUGCCCCCCCAGGAAAAAGAACUGUAGGUGAUCAAAUGAAAAAAAAUCAGGCAGAUGAUGACGACGAAGAUUUGAAUGACACUAACUAUGAUGAGUUUAAUGGAUAUGCUGGAAGUUUAUUCUCCAGUGGUCCAUAUGAGAAAGACGAUGAAGAAGCUGAUGCAAUCUAUGCUGCAUUGGACAAACGAAUGGAUGAAAGGAGGAAAGAUAGAAGGGAACAACGGGAAAAAGAAGAAAUUGAAAAGUACCGUAUGGAACGUCCAAAAAUCCAGCAACAAUUUUCUGAUCUGAAGAGAAAACUUUCAGAAGUUACAGAAGAAGAAUGGUUAAGUAUCCCUGAAGUUGGAGAUGCUCGUAACAAACGUCAACGAAAUCCUCGCUAUGAAAAACUGACACCUGUACCAGAUAGUUUCUUUGCCAAACAUUUACAAACUGGAGAACAACAUACAUCCGUAGAUCCCAGACAGACGCAAUUUUCUGGUUUGACCUCGCCUUACCCUGGUGGCUUGAAUACACCAUACCCAGGUGGAAUGACACCAGGCCUUAUGACACCUGGAUCAGGAGAAUUGGACAUGAGAAAAAUUGGUCAAGCCCGAAACACCUUGAUGGACAUGAGGCUGAGCCAAGUGUCCGAUUCAGUCAGUGGACAAACUGUUGUUGAUCCUAAAGGCUACCUGACCGACUUGAACUCAAUGAUUCCAACCCACGGUGGAGAUAUUAAAUUAGAUGCAUUCACAAAUUUUACCCUGAUAAAGUGGAGGAGUUUUACAUUUUAUGAAUAUAAAAUAAAAGGCAAAGGUAAUAUUUUUGAGGGACUGAAAUUACCCUUUCCUGUCUUCUUGCUACCUAACUGUUUAUUACAGUACAUCACCUCAACAGAGUUGUCAGGUCUGAGAUUGUGCCUGUCAAUCCCCUUCCGAAAGGAGUCAGUAUUCAUGAAAUCAGUGAAAUUGGAAUGGGUGUUGGGAGACAUUCCUCGAGCUCGAGAGUUGUGUGAUGAAGCACUAAAACAUUAUGAAGACUUCCCAAAACUGUGGAUGAUGAAGGGUCAAAUUGAAGACCAAGUCGAAAAUACCGAGAAAGCCCGUGAAUCUUAUAAUCAGGGGUUAAAGAAAUGUCCACAUUCCAGUCCCCUGUGGUUGCUUCUUUCCAGACUUGAAGAGAAAGCUGGUAAUCUUACAAGGGCAAGGGCUAUCUUAGAAAAGGCACGGCUGAAAAAUCCACAAAAUCCGGAAUUAUGGUUGGAAUCUGUAAGACUAGAGUACAGGGCUGGUUUGAAAAAUAUUUCAAAUACCUUAAUGGCAAAGGCUCUUCAAGAAUGUUCCAAUUCUGGUAUUCUUUGGGCUGAAGCUGUUUUCCUGGAAGCAAGACCACAAAGAAAGACCAAAAGUGUAGAUGCUCUGAAGAAAUGUGAGCACGAUCCUCAUGUCCUCCUCGCGGUAGCAAAACUGUUUUGGAGUGAACGUAAAAUAACCAAGGCGAGAGAGUGGUUCCACAGAACUGUGAAAAUUGAUCCUGAUCUUGGAGAUGCUUGGGCUCUGUUUUACAAAUUUGAGCUACAGCAUGGUACUGAGGAACAGCAUGAGGAUGUGAAAAGGCGGUGUGAAAAUGCAGAGCCAAGACAUGGAGAGUUAUGGUGUGAAGUGUCAAAAGACAUCAAGAACUGGCAAAGAAAGAUCGGAGAGAUUCUUAUGCUUGUAGCUGCUCAGAUAAAAAAUACAUUUUGAAAUUUUGUGUGAAGAUAUUGUAUCUAAAGAUUUGGCUGUUUUUUUUUCUUUUAGAAUAGCUUAAUACUUCAUUGCAGAAAUCUGUAUCUUCUCUGUCUUCCUUUCCCUAUGUAAUUUAUGCAACUUCUAAAAUUUUCUGUUGGGAAACUACUUGUUAUUGUGUACAAUACUAUUUUAAAAUAAACUGAGCGUCAUCGUAGUUUUAAGCAGUGGAUAAUAUAUUUUUUAAAAACCGAUGGUAGUUGUAGUGUAGGAGCUGUUUAUUACUGGAGGAUAGAAAUCUUAAUAAAUGGAUCCCAUGGAUACAGGAAACCUGCAUAAAUGGCCAGAGAAAAAUUACAGAUGAGAAGUUUUUGUUAUUCGAGCAAGUUGUUUAAAUUACCAAGUUAUAUCUACAAGAACUUGUAAGUCUGUUCAGUCUGAAUACUUUUUAAUAAAGUGAAAAUGGCACUGA